GGGGCCUGAGCCUAGGGGGCGGGGCGGCGCUCUAGGCCGAGCGGGAGGUCGGGGCUGCGGGCGCUCGCUGGUGGUGGACCCGGAGGCUGCUGCGGCGCCGGGGCUCAGUGGCCGGGGUCGAAUCCAAUCGGGAGCCAUGAGCGUGGACAAGGCCAAGCUAUGUGGGUCUCUGCUCACCUGGUUGCAGACGUUCCAUGUUUCGCCCCCCUGUGCCAGCCCCCAGGACCUGAGCAGCGGCCUCGCCAUAGCCUAUGUGCUGAACCAGAUAGACCCCUCCUGGUUCAACGAGGCAUGGCUCCAGGGCAUCUCAGACGACCCAGGUUCCAACUGGAAGCUGAAGGUUAACAAUUUGAAGAAGAUCUUACGCAGUCUGGUAGAAUACUCCCAAGAUGUCCUGGCACAUCCUGUGUCAGAACAGCACCUCCCAGAUGUAAGCCUCAUUGGAGAAUUCUCAGACCCUGCUGAGCUUGGCAAGCUGCUUCAGCUAGUGCUGGGCUGUGCCAUCAGCUGUGAGAAAAAGCAGGAGCACAUCCAGAGAAUCAUGACACUGGAGGAAUCGGUUCAGCAUGUGGUGAUGGAAGCCAUCCAGGAGCUCAUGACAAAAGACACCUCCGACUCCCUGUCGCCAGAGACUUAUGGCAACUUUGAUAACCAGUCCCGCAGGUACUAUUUCCUAAGCGAGGAGGCUGAGGAGGGGGAUGAGCUUCGGCAGCGCUGUCUGGACCUGGAGCGGCAGUUGGUGCUCCUGUCAGAGGAGAAGCAGAGCUUGGCCCAGGAGAACGUGAUGCUGCGGGAGCAGGUGGGCCGGCCAGAGGGCGAGGGCGCCACCAGUCUCACUGCCAAGAAGCUUCUGCUGCUGCAGUCCCAGCUAGAGCAGUUGCAGGAGGAGAACUUCAGGCUGGAGAGUGGCCGGGAGGACGAGCGUCUGCGCUGCACAGAGCUGGAGCGGGAGGUCGCGGAGCUGCAGCAGCGGAACCAGGCGCUGACCAGCCUGGCCCAGGAGGCGCAGGCCCUGAAGGAUGAGAUGGACGAGCUGCGGCAGUCCUCAGAGCGCGCUGGGCAGCUGGAGGCCACUCUGACCAGUUGCCAGCGCCGCCUAGGCGAACUGAGGGAGCUACGGCGGCAGGUGCGGCAGCUGGAGGAGCGAAACGCCAACCACGCCGAGCGCACGCGGCAGCUGGAGGACGAGCUGCGCAGGGCUGGCUCCCUCCGUGCUCAGCUAGAGGCGCAGCGGCGGCAGGUGCAGGAACUACAGGGCCAGCGGCAAGACGAGGCCAUGAAGGCCGAGAAAUGGCUGUUUGAGUGUCGAAAUCUGGAGGAAAAGUAUGAGUCAGUGGCAAAGGAGAAGGAGCGGCUGUUGGCGGAACGGGACUCCUUGCGGGAGGCCAAUGAGGAGCUGCGCUGUGCCCAGCUGCAGCCGCGAGGAUUGACUCAGGCUGACCCCUCGCUUGAUCCCACCUCACCUGCCGUGGAGAACUUAGCAGCAGAGAUUCUGCCUGCAGAACUCAGGGAGACGCUCCUGCGGUUGGAGCUGGAGAACAAGCGGCUGUGCCGGCAGGAGGCGGCCGACCGGGAGCGGCAGGAGGAGCUGCAGCGCCACCUGGAGGAGGCCAACCGCGCGCGCCACGGGCUGGAGACACAGCACCGGCUGAACCAGCAGCAGCUGUCGGAGCUGCGGGCUCAGGUGGAGGACCUGCAGAAAGCCCUGCAGGAGCAGGGGGGCAAGACUGAGGACCCCAUCCUGCUAAAGCGGAAGCUGGAGGAACACCUGCAGAAGCUGCAUGAGGCGGAUCUGGAGCUGCAGCGGAAACGCGAGUACAUUGAAGAGCUGGAGCCACCCACUGAUGGCAGCACAGCCCGGCGGAUCGAGGAGCUGCAGCACAGCCUGCAGAAGAAGGACGCAGACUUGCAGGCCAUGGAGGAGCGGUAUCGCCACUACGUGGACAAGGCACGCAUGGUCAUACAGACCCUGGAACCCAAGCAGCUGCCACCCAAGGGGCCACCCCUGGAACUCCAAUCCCUGAGGACACAGCUCCGGGAGCGAGACGUCCGCAUCCGGCACCUGGAGAUGGACUUUGAGAAAAGUCGAAGUCAGCGGGAACAGGAAGAAAGGCUGCUCAUUAGUGCCUGGUAUAAUAUGGGCAUGGCCUUACAACAGCAAGCUGGGGAAGAGCGGACACCUGCCCAUGCCCAGUCAUUCCUGGCACAGCAGCGGCUGGCCACCAAUGCUCGCCGUGGACCCCUGGGACGCCUGGCAUCUCUGAACCUUCGCCCCAUUGAUAAGCACUGACACAUCUCACGAUCCUUCUGCCUUCACCCACCAGCCAGGGCUUCAUCCACCCUGGAGUCUUCCAAGUCACAUGACAUCUAGAAUCAGGGCUCAGCCAGCUGCUCAAGAGCCUUGAGGUCAUGACCUCUGCCCUGUGCUCUCCCAGACUGGGGAGUUGGGGAGGGCAGGUGGCAGGUACAGGCCUGUCCUUUUUAGCAAUGUGAUUUUUAUCCUUGAUUUUCUCCCUGGAGUUAAUGUGCUACCUGGGUAGAGUCUGAUUUUAUAUUUGAGAAGAAGAAUAAAGACUUUCAAUCUGC